UUUUUAGUAGUAAAGCAGAGUUCUAGAAUUGGGUGUGGGGAUGUGCAAAGAUCACAAGGAAAAGACUCAGAAAAAUCAGAUUUCAAAGACUAGAGAAAUAUUUAUUCUUUUUGGGCCACCUAUGGUUGUCUGCUUAUACUCUAGGGAAUGUAAUCAACAACAGUUUGGGUUUUACAGGGAAAGUGGUCCCAAAAUAAAGAGAACUGUAAGGGGUGGGGAGAGGAGGGGGCAGGGUCCAGAAUUGCUGUUUUGUGGUGUCUGCCUGCCCCCUGCUGGGGAGCUGAGACAUGCCCAUCUCAGAAGGAUGGGGGUCACUGGGCUCCUGGCUAAGGUUUCUCCCAGAACAAUAGGGACUGACCCUAUUGUGUGGGAAGGAUAGCAAAUGGUACCAGAGAAGGAAACAUCCAUGGACCCUUGAAAGGCGCACAGGACAAAGGUAGGCUGCUGGACUGGGGCCCAGGUAUUGCCCCUGUCUGGGCUACUGCUCCGACAUUCAGGAACCAGACCUGGUGGGUGAGGACACGUCCCUCCUGCCAAGUUAAUAGCUUCCUCCCCCAGGCAGGAAUAUAGCUCUGUACCUGCAGUAGCUCCUGCCCAGACUCUGCCUGUCAAAACCACCCUGCAGUUCAGGCUCAAGGAGCAUGGUCACAGGAAGGUGGGGUUUCAGAGCACCCCAGAGGGACUUCCCCUCUCCCCAGAAUUCCGUGAUGAAGGCCCAUAUGUUUGUAGGUGUGCUGGUCAUGAUGGGCUUCACAGUGGGAAAGGCUCCUGUUCCUGAAGUCCGGACCUGCCACCUCUGCCUCUUAGAAGAUCCUACUAUAGGAUGCGUUUCAGGCUCGGAGAAGUGCACUAUCAGCAGCUCAUCCCCGUGCAUGGUGAUCAGCAUCUUUCAUAAUACCAAGGUUCGCUUCUUAAUCCGAGGCUGUGGACAGCACAAGUCUUACCAGUGCCAAGAAAAACGCCCCACCUACCUUUCAGAGUACUGGUACUACGCCCAGUGCUGCCAGUAUGAUUACUGCAACUCCUGGUACAGCCCCCAGCUCCAGAGCUCCCUCCCUGAGCCCCCUGAGGGGUCCCUGGCCCUGCCCCUGUCUGAGUCCCAGAUCCAGUGGUUCUACCAAGCCCUGAACCUCUCACUGCCCCUACCCAGCUUCCAUGCUGGGAAGGAGCCUUCUGAAGGCCUGGACCCCCUGGCUGUCCUGCCCCUGAAUCUGAGUUUGUCCAUUGCUGACCUGCGCCGCAUAUACUGGUUCCUCAACAAUUCAGGACUUUUGGUUCUUCCCUGGUCUAGGCUGUGAUGUCUUACCCUUCCCAGAUUUCACUCUGGUCCAGCGUCUCUCCCCUGACACCCCAGCAUCAUGUACUGCCCUCUCAGAACACUCACACUCUCUGGUCUGUGAGUUCUCAGUCUUCCUUUCCUUUGUACUUUCAUCGUCUAUAUGGGUUUGGUUUAGUUUCCUCCCCAAAAAGCAGUUGGCGCUGCACCCAGUGCCCUUCGUCCACCUAGAAAAUAAUCUCAAAUGUGAAUUCUGCCUAGGCUGACCUGGGAAAGGCACAGUGCUUUCCUCAUCCCUUUCCCAUCAUCUGAGUGGGAUCAUCCCCCCCCACCCCCCAUCUUCCUGAUCCCCUCUCAAUCUGGCUAUUUCCACUCCUACACCUGUCUCUCAAACCUUGUGCCAGACUGAACUUGCAUCAAGAAGGGUGAGAGGCGGACUUUGUGCAGAUUUCCUGACUGGGCACUCUGGUGUUCCUACCUCACUGUCUCCACCACCCUCACUCCCGCCUGGUCUCCUGCUGCCUUCUCUCAUCUCUUGUCCCCAUCUUUGGCUUCCACAGCCCCGCUCCACGUCCCUGAGUCCUGACACCCACUUGCACAGAUUCCCAGGGAGAGGAGAGGAUCUGUCCUCUGCUCCACAUUCCCCAGUUUCCCUCCACAAUAAACAAACUAGGCUAAGUCUGUGUCACAUUGUUUAUGGGGUCAGGCUCAGGUGUGGGCAGGUGUAAACAGGUUAAAGAAAGUUAACUGGGCGUGGGGUUCAAACAGCAUUGCAGAGCCCUGCCCACUCCACUUGGCCUUUGUGGUUCCUCAUGGCCUGCUGCGAAGAGCCCACAUCCAUCCCACCCUCUGCUCAGCUAGAGAUCAAAGUAUGAGGAUUGUGACUCCUGCCAGCCUUAAACAUACCCUACAAAACCUAGAAAGUUAAACCCGGGUGAUGUCAGGUUUUUCCACAUAAGAAAGGAGGAGACACUCAACCACGAAAACUCAAGAGCAAACCAAAGGGCACAGGUCUGCAUCUCAGAGUUACCUGGAGCUGAGGCACCUGCGUUCCUGCCUAUUCUCAAUUCUUUUCAGGAUCCUGGGACCCAGGACCCCCUCUGUGAGGGCCUAGGUGGAGGGGGUGGGAGAGUACAGAGAGCACACAGGUGGGGCUGCAGUAGUAGGGUCUUUCAUUUUAAUAUUUAGAAAAACUGCAAGUAUGCAGAAAGCAACCUUCCCCAUAUGUUCAAUAAACACUGGACACACUGCUCUGAGCCAGGCCCAGUAUUAAGCACCGAGACUUGCAGAUGAGUACAGCCAGGUGUCCACCCUUCCGAAUCUCACAGCCCAGUGCUGGGAUUAUGAAACCUUUUUCUGAAAAGUAGUGCAGCUCUGUGGCUGGGAGGCCCAGUCCCAGCUCCUCUGCCACUUGAGUAAGUUGGUCUCUGUGCCGAACUUUGGUCACCUGUCAAGUAGGGAUAGUGCCUCAGGAUUGAGAGAAUGUCAAUGUGUGCACACAGAAGUUAAUGGGCUCAAAAAUAGACAUGCCUUAGAGGCAAACAUAAACACAGAUUUUGGUCUAUUUAGUUUUAAACCUUUUUGGCCAUACAGAUGUUUGCGCACCGUAAGGUGGGUUUUUGUAAACUACACACCUGUGUUACCACUCCCUGAGUUAGCAUAAAGGCCUUUAUCAGCACCCAAAGCUGCCUUCGUGCACCCUCCUAGACCCUCCUAAAAUACAGGGGUAGCCACUGUCCUGAAUUUUGUCCGUGUGCUUGAUAGAAACGACAUCACACAGCAUACACUUCCUACACAACAUUUUGCAUGUAUGUUAACAGAUUUUUGUGGCCCCUUUAACAGCUUGUGCUCUGGUGGGAGAAACCAACAUUUGUUUCUAGGUCAGGAAGCAGUUGGAGGUACAAAGAGAGGUACAAGCCACUGUGUCCCUCUCUUGCCGCCCCACUUUACCCCAUGACCUCUGACUUCAGCGUAAGUCAAAGGCCCAGGUAUACACAGCUCCAGCAAGUCAAACUGGAAGACAGCCUCAGAGGGUGAGAAACCCAAGGCCUGAAAUUGAGUAACUUACCAUGGUCCUUGAAAAGGGAAGUUAAGCCUGGAAUCAAGAGAGGUCACUAGGCCUUGCAUCUCUUCACAGAGCUCCUUCCCCACCCUCUCCUCCCUGGGACUGGUUCUUUUACACCUCCACUCCUACCAACACACCCCCAUGAACCUCCCUACCAGUCCCCAUCCAGCUCUGGGUCUGACAGCAGUUCUGAGGAUGCCCACUACCCUUCUGGUCUCAACAUAGGAGGGCUUGCAGUUCCUCUUGACCUCUUUGCGCUGAGAGCUGAAUCAGAGACAGUAGGGCAGGGCAGGAGCAGAGCUCUGCAGAGCUGGGAGCCACUUACCUGCCCCUGAUGGGGCACUCAGGCAGUACCACCUCCCUCAGCCUCCACAUCCACCAGAAGAGAGAGACAAAUCAAACAGUUGGUACAUCUAUUUAUUUUGGAGGAACAGCUGGGGACUUGGGACAAGAGAGGACUGUGGUGGGAAAAGAAGCAAAGCAGGGUAAAGGGGCAUCCUUGAGGCGGGAACAGACAGGAGGAAAGAUGUCAGACUGAGGACUGGAAGGAAAACUCCAGAGAAUUCUGGAGAGGGAGCCUGGGGAAGGGGCA